AUGUUAUUGACAAGAGAAAAUAUUGAAUUUUAUACUCAAAGGAGAAAACAAUAUUGUGAAGACUUCUUAAAGCUAACGAAUCAAUUCAAACCAAAAUUAGAGUUAUUAUAAAAAAAAUUGAUCGCUUCAAAGUAGGGAAUAGAUGGCCCUAGUAAAUCAAUUCCUCAUUAACAAAAGAUCAAAAAAGUCAAUAAGGUUUUAGCAUCUCUAUCGAAAUCUAAAGAAGUUCAAAGCAAGAUUGAUAAAGAAAUGAUUCGUUGUUCAUGUCAAUAUAAAUUGGAUGAAGUUCCUAAUUGCAAUUUCAAUUACUCAUAAACUUGUAAUAAGAUACAAUAGGCAAUGAUACCUUUGAUACAAAAUCUUCAAAUUUAGAUUAAGGAUAAGCAAGAGGAGAUUAUUGGCGAUUAAGAUUGUGCUGAUUUGUAUAUAAAAAGAGAUGAGUUCCAAAAGAUGAAGCACAAAUCAAAGAGAUUGCAAUAGAUUAUAGAGAAAUUGUAGAUAAUGGAGUUAAAACAAGAAGAAAAGGUGUAUCGAGAAAGUAUUAAGAAAUUGGAGAAAUUUGAUCAAGCUGAAGAUUAUGAUGAAACUCUACCAUAUUCCAAGAAGGCUCUAAUGUCAAAAAGGAAACUAGAAGCACAAAUAUUACUGGAUGAAGAAAGAAAUUAGAGAAAGUAGUUUGAAAAUGAAAGGAUUUAAGAAGCUAUCGAGGAAUAGAAAUAAAAAUAUCAAUCUUUAGAUAAUAAGAUAAAAACCCAUUAUCGAAAAAUGGGCCUAUAGAAGAGAAAAUUAGAAAGUAUGAGUGACCUUAGAGAAUACAUAAACGAUUGUAGAACCAAUUCAUAAAUAAAAUUGGAUUUACAAAAUAAUUAAAAACAAUAGUAACUAAAAAGCAUUUUAAAUGCUGAUAAAAAAUUUUCAAUAACAUUAUUUUCAACCCAAAUGAAUUCUUAAAAUAUAACUCCUAUUGCUGGUGAGCUUAAUGGGUUAACUGCUCCCAUCAUAAGCAAUGUUAAUACUCAAAGGACUAUAAUAAAUAAUUUUGGAAAGAAAACAUCUCAAAAUUUCAACAAGAUAAAGAGAAGAUAUCAUACCCUAGGAUAAAGAUUAGAAAAUGGAUCCAAUUUUGAUUUUUAAGAUAAUAAAUUAAUCUUAUUAUGA